GUCAUAUCCAGCCAGAACUCACAAAGGUCUUCGAAAAGAUCAAAAGUAGCAGCCUCCUUUAAGAUAACUUUUAUAAGCUUGGCAAAGAUGAGCUUAGAAGAAUAUUUUUAAGUCUUUAAAAAAGGUAAGAGCGUGCGCGAUUCUAAAACAACAACCGCAUAACAAAACAAAAUUAAAUCAAGGAAAAAAAAAACAGGUGAACAAAGAAUAUGGUAUUAAAUAAGAAAUAUGAAUGUGGGAAACAAUAUAAUAUUUUGCUGACAAACAAAAGCUCUUCUAUAGGGAAAUUCGACCGUUAUCUAUUUCCGACUUUUCUUUCUUUUUUUUCAUGAAUGUCAAUCCCGACGAUAAAUGUUAGGUAUUGAUGCUCUUUUUACAAUGGCCUUAGAAUAUAUUAAGUGCUCUGUCAAAUAGUCAAUGAAGCGAGUCAAACUUGUAAUUUCAAUUUCGGCCUUCUAAUCAUUAUUCUUUUAUAGCGGCUUGAGAGUUUGGACUCAAUUCAUCGAGGUUAAACAUGAGCUCGGUGCCAUUUACAAGAUUAAAUGAAGAGGAAUUAUUCGAAAUUGAUCCUGUGCAAGAAGCAAAUACCGAUGAAACACGCUUACGUGCCACUGGAGGUUAUUCGAACGAUGGUGAACCAGAUCGACGGAUUGAUUACGUCUUAGUGUACGAAACUUCACAGCAUGAUGAAACAAUGGACGAGGAAUCUGCAGCAGAUGCCGCCAGACUAGCGCUUUUGAGAGCUUCUUUUGAAAGAGAGCUGGAAAAGCAAGGUCUUAUUCUACAUCAGCGAACAAAGGCUGAUGAGGUGCGUUUUUGAGAAUUUAUUUAAUGUCAAUUAAAUGGGCAAUCAUGCGUAUUUCGAAUUACAUUUUAGCUUAAGUCUUAAAAGUCUAGAGUAAAUAGGUAUAUUACAUUUUUUUUCUUAAAGAAGCAGCUUCUGUAAGUCAAUGUUUACUGCUGAUGAUGGAGAUCAUGUGCAAUAUUUUCAGUAUUCAUGCCCUUUCAGGUUUUACUUUGUGUGCCAAUCACAUGCAUAUUUUUAGAAAUGUUGUUCCAGAUGCAAAUCAGUUAUUCCACAAAUAUAUAAAUAAAUGGAUAAAAAUAAAUAAAUAAAUAAAUAUGUAGAUAAACAAAACAGGUUUUCACUGUUUCGUUUCUACUAUCCUGCUCAGGAAAAAAAAAACAACAUUUCAACUAUAUUUUAUAUAAAACGUUAUUUCUGUGCUCACAGUUCAGGUAAUGACGGAACCUCUUCUGAUCAGAAGUACCCUGGUUCCAGAGGUCCGUUCUCCAAAUACCUAAUAUGAAACAUAAACCGUGCUUACGGUUUGUCCAUGUUCUACAGUGCUGUAGCCAGACCAAACGGCCAACCGAGGCAGGCGGGAGUUGCUAGGGGGGUUCGGGGGCAUGCCCCCCCGAGAAAUUUUGAACUUUAGUCUCUCGGAAAUGCGAUUUGCAGCGUUUUCUGGGCCUUUCGGUAACUUUUUUUCGAGUUAAUUUAAGUGGAAUUUAAAAAGCAAUAAUCAGAAACAAGCUACAUAAUCUGGGUGACCGUUAACCUCGCCAAUGGUUUUGAUCAGUAUUUGUUCAAAAAAAAUUUGAGUUAACGUACGUAGCCCCUUGAGAUCGCUGAUAUGGUAAUUUUUUCAUAGUAUAUUGACUGAAUUGCUGAAUUCUUUGUAAUAUCAUGAUGCGUUAAAAAUAUCCGAUGAUCGCUUAUGUAAAAUAAAAAUGAUCGGCGAAAUUCGUCAAAAUUUUACCGAGGCGAGUGCUCGGUUGGCCUCAUACUAGCUACGGCGCUGUUCUACCGUCGAUCUCUUCAGAUGUCUGAAGCACCCAACGACGGUUUCCUUCUUUUGGCUAUCCAGAGUACUUUUAGAUGUCUAGAAAUGUAUUCUAAGUAGCGCUAAAAAAUUUAUAACUGUUCGAUCAUCCUAGGGCAUCUUGAGUCUUCGAAAUAACAAUAUAAUGGCUUCAGUAUUAUUUUCACGAAAAUUUUAGCAGCAGUUUAAAGUUUUACAAAAGGGAGAAUUUCUCCGAUAUCUCCGAGUUUGCAUCGUAUUUUCCAUUCCGAAAAUUUUAGGUUUCCUUUCUCUACCAAAAAUAGUUUAACCUGGGGAGUGAAAUGGGAAAAAUUAAACUUCAGAAAAUCGUAGGAUAUUUAUUACUUAAGAUUCGAAAAUUACAUGAAUGGAACAGUCAUGUAGAAAUUUUUAGCCCCCCUCAAGCUAUAGAAAAUUCUAGGCAAUUUUUGCUUGUCCGAAAGGAUAUUUCGCAGAAAACAGUCGUUGUAUGCCCCUGAGAUGUAUCAUUUUAAAUCCAAAUCUUUUUUUGUUUUCUCCUCCUCAAAGGAACUUUUCAGGAACGAUAAUUAGUAUUUAACCAAUCUCAACUCUUAAUCACAAUUCUUAAUUUAUUCCUAGUUACAAUAUUGGACUUAUUAACCGGAUAGAAUAUAAUUAUGCUAAAGCUGGUUCGUUAAAAAACUUAAACAGAAUGGCUAAAUUUUAGAAAAGGUUCUUAAUUAUCUUAGAGCUUGAAAGGUUCUUCAUCCGGAGGCUUCUGAGAAAGAGGGUUUUUUGCUCUUGGCUAUUCCAAGUUAUAUUCGUUUACUAACAUGCUCACGGGUAUGGUAACAAAUUGGGAGAUGUUCAGGGGCGUGACCGGUCAUGCAUUUGAAGGCCAUACAAGAUUGGCGAUUAUACAAUUUUGCCUUUUGUUGGAAGGAUGGGAUGAGGCAAACAAGGUGUUAUGGGGAAUGGGGAAGUGGUGGAUGUUCUCCUCUCCUGCCAGCUCCUCUCAUCUUAAUGUAAAAUUUGGGGGGAGCAGUUAAGGGAGUCGGCCAAACAAAGUGUUAGUAUUAUUUUUGGCAAAACUAAAUUAGUGGGAGACUUGGAAAGGGACGGGCAUGGGAAAUGAGAUGAGGUUAAUGUCGAGGCUGUGAUACGAUAAAAUCUAUCUUUUAAACGUGGCAUAACUUUGACAUCACUCUGUCUUCCCGUUUAUGUAGGAUGGUGAGCUGAUGCGACAUUUUGUGUUAAUUCACGCUCCAUGGGAGGUUCUCGCUGAACGAGCUGAAAGAACGAAGAUGAAAGUUCCUAUUCAGAUUAACGACACCGUCUUUGAAACUUGGCUCGAAUUCUUCUUUGGUUCGAGCAUAGCAGGCAAAGUAACACAGAAAAAUCCUUUACAAAUACGGGAUGCUUCUGUACAUGCGUGUCCUGACCAUUUCAUGGGGAACUUCCGGAGAGAUCGCCUUUCGGCAUACAUUCAACACCAGGAUUUCAACGAGGAUACAUUUUUCUCAAACAUCGACCGACAGCAUCUAAUUCAGCAGAUCCUAACCACUACCCGAUAUUCGGAGGAACCUAACGACGUAGGACUCUCCAAGCUUCUUUAUGACGGUGCCUACGAGAGUUGUUACCCAUUACACGAGGGAAAGCAUGACGUCGCAAGUGAUGAAUCUGAUGUCAAGCUUCGUCACCAGCUGAAGAGAGACUGGGCUAGAUUUGGUAGAAUCUUUAAAUACCAGCCUUACGAUGCCAUAAAGGAUUAUUUCGGUCACGAGAUCGGUCUGUACUUCGCCUGGAUGGGAUUCUACACUGCAAUGUUGGUUCCUCUCGCCAUAUUUGCUUUGAUUGUGUUCAUCUAUGGAAUUGCGUCUGCAGGCUCAUAUAUUCCAAUCCAGGAUCUUUGCAGUGAGAAUAACCGCGGCGUCUGGUACAUGUGCCCGCUGUGUGACAAACAGUGUAGCUACUGGAAUUUAGCCCCCGACACCUGUCUGUACGCGAAGGUUACUCACUACUUUGACAAUGACGCGACCGUUGCUUUGGCCUUUUUCGCAUCAAUUUGGGCCACCCUUUUCUUGGAAUUCUGGAAACGCCGUCAAGCGACUCUUGCACACAAAUGGCACACAUCUGAAUUUGAAGAAGAAGAACAACAACUCCGACCCCAGUAUGUGUCAAGUUUAACAGAGGAAGAGCUGAAUCCUUAUAAACCGGACUCAAAAACUGGAAAAAUUAGCCCAAAUAAAAAGAAGGUCAAGCGAUUUCGUCGACUGAGUUUGGUUUUCAGUAUCAUCGCUUUUAUGAUUCUCUUGGUUAUCGUCGCCAUGAUCGGCGUCGUUGUCUACCGAGCAGCCGUUUUUGCAGUCUUGAGUAGUAGCUCCAACAGAAAUCUGGAAAGCGGUGCUCGAAUCCUAACUACGGUUACUGCUGCCUUGAUUAACCUGGUCGUCAUAAAUAUCUUACAGUUUCUUUACAACAAGCUUGCAAUCUGGCUCACAGACUGGGAAAACCCACCCACCCAGACGGAUUACAAAGACAGCUUCACCAGGAAGAUGGCCUUGUUCCAGUUUGUUAAUAAUUAUACAUCCAUCUUCUACAUUGCUUUCUUUAAGUCUGAGCUCAUUGUUGGAACACCUGGAAGGUAUACAAGGGUGCUAGGCAAAUAUCGACUCGAUAGCUGUAGUGAGCAGGGAUGCUUUUUAGAACUUGCCAUUCAAAUCGCCACUAUCAUGGUCGGACAGCAAAUUUUCUACAACAUCACUGAAAUUGGAAUACCGUAAGUUUCUGUUCCUGCUCCUGUCAUAAUAUUUUUUUAUGCAUUUAAGCAAAACCAAAAACCCUAUUCCAGCGCUGUACCGUGGCACUUAAAUUAUAUAUGGAAUUUACUUAUUUUCGACUUCAUUAAUUAUGUGUUCACUUUUUUGGAAAGUCAUUGGCAAGGUACGGUUUCGGCAAAAUGCGUACACCUCUCAAGAGAGUUUGUAUCUGAAAGCAAUUUGUGCUUUUAUGCAAGCACUUUCCAACCUUUGCACGACUACAACGAGAAACUUCCAGAAACUUCCUAGUUACACGUUUCAUGUGUUCCUCUUCACUUUUUUUUUCGCUGCCGCUCAUUUUCACCUUAGGUGGCCGCUAGCAUUUCCCUUCUCAGAGCCAAAAUUUCUUGGAUGCACAGAUUACCAAAUUUUCGUAUCCAUGGUGUUCCGCUAUCCGCACUAUGCGCGCGAGAGAGCUCCACCAUUAAAUACACUAGUGAUAUCGAUCCUUACUAGCAGUAUAAUAUAACAGUUUUCUUGCCUCGGUUUUAUUAGGUACCUAAUGUUGCUGAAAAAAAGACGAGCACAAACAAAAGAUACCAUUCGACCACAAUACGAAUUGGACUACGACUUAAGCCCUUUAGAAAGGAAUUUUAUGUUCUGGGAAUACCUCGAAAUCGGUGAGUAAUUAAGUCAGGUGUGAUUCCGUAUCAAUUUGAAACAUUGAGUUUUUAUCCUGGGCAAUAUGUGUUCACUUUUGUUGUUGUUCUUUUAGCUUUACAGUACGGCUUUAUAACCAUGUUUGUCGCCGCAUUUCCCCUUGGACCAUUGUUUGCGCUCAUCAACGUCGUGGUGGAGAUCAGAGUGGAUGCCAUCAACUUCUUAUGCCACUUCCGGCGGCCCAACGCCACCCGCGUGGAAGACAUAGGGGCCUGGUACAACGUCUUAGAGAUCAUCACCAAGGUUUCAGUGCUCGUCAACGCAUUUGUUUUGGCGUUCACCUCCGAGUUCAUUCCAAAACUGACGUACAAGAUGAUUUACUCACAAAAUAAGGGGACGCUUGAGGGAUACGUCAAUAACAGUCUUGCCUUCAUUGAUUUGAACACCCUUUAUACAUGGGAAAAAGGCACUCAGCCAGCAGAUCCUAUAAAGAAUCUCAACUACACACGAGAUUACUGCAGGUAAUAUUCGUUUAGUAUGUGUAAUCAAAUGGUGACGAGUGAAAUAUAGAAAUGACUUCACGUACGUUUUGUCCAAAGUUUAAUUAAUGUUACGCUUACAAUCGUGGUUUUUUACUUAUUUGAUUAUCGAGUAUUGAGAACUCCACGCACUGAAAAAUUUAUAGCACAAGCUGUGCCUUGAGUUCGCAAGUUUCGGAAAAUUUUCAACAAGUUCCAAGUAUACCUGUAAGAAUCCUCGUUGAUGAGCUCUUUUGUGUGUUUAGAUUUUCUAAAACGUCUUUUAACGCCCUGACAUCUUAAUUCAGAACAUUUUAAAACUUCGACUUGACUGAGACGUCUGAACGUUGCCUGGAAGCAAUUUUAUAAUUUCACAUGUCAAAUUAUAAAUUAACGCUGAAACUUCGAGCCAAAAUUAAGGAGUAAUUUGUUAUCCAAGAUAUUAUUAAUAUAGAACCUUUGGACUGACUUGUCGAAUACCAUGGUGACAUUUACUUUUACUCGUGUUUUGCAUCCUUGUAUCUAAUCGACAACAGCAAAACGAGACAGUCAAAUUCCACCAAAGGUUUGUAAAAAAAACACGAUUCAACGCAUUGAAACUCAAUAAUAUUUAGUCUCAAAACAGAAAUUAGAUUAAAAAAAAAAUCAUUUUUAACAUUGUUUAAAAAUGCAUCACGUGACCAACCACGUGCAGUUUUAUUCUAUGGCUCGAAAUUCGUUGUCCUUUUGUAGGUCCAUCCCGGUUGCUAUAAAUUGUGAAUUUUAUUGCUUCGGAUCAUUCCAAGCUUAUUUCGUAGACACUUUCUAGCGUCAGUGCUUUGAUACAAAGAAACUGAAGCUACAUUCCAGGUGGAUGUCUUUAACAAUGGUCAUAAAAAGCGCAAAUGAUUCAGAAACAUGCUUUUAAAGCAUAUUCCUAACUUUUAAAUCAGUGAUAACACUGUUUUUUUGUUGUUGUUUUUUUGUUUUGUUUUUUUUGCUUCUUCAGGUAUAAGGGUUACUUUGAGGACACUUAUCCUUACAAGCGCUCGGGCGAGUACUGGAACAUCCUGGCCGCCAGACUUGCCUUCGUUCUCAUUUUUCAGUUUGUUGUGUAUUCCAUAACAGCCUUCAUUGCAUGGAUAAUUCCCGACAUCCCAGAGGAGCUGAAAUUUAAGAUGAAGAAAGAGAAGGAGCUGGAGAAGGCCAUACUCAGGGAUGAAAAUAAUGCGGAUGUGUGAUUUGAUUAAGUCACAAUACACAAAUAGUCUUUUAGCCCUCCGUGAUACACGGAUUGAGCGUUAUAACCCCCUCCCCGAGGUACGAUGGGGGUGGGGGGUUACCAAAAUGUGCCGAAAAGAGUGUGUGGAUCUUGAUUGGAUAGAACAUGUUUAUCUGAAACUCAUUCGUGGUGUCAAAUUUAUUCUUCCUCUCUUAUACGGUGGAGAGUUGUUAGCAGCUACAAACAGGCUAAACCUGAUUUCCUACAUAUGACUCGAAGUGACGCAACAUAAAUACACUCAAUGCAUGACUUGUUGAUAAUAAGUACCUUGUAUCCCGAAAAGAAGAAAUGAUCAGUACUGUAUCCAAAGCCGUGCAUUGCUGGUGCAAAUUAAACACCAAAAAGAUGGUUAACAAGCUAAGUGUAAUUGGGGGGGGGGGUAUGGUUGUAUACUCUUCGUCUAUCGUCUAUUGUCUAUCGUCCAGGAUCUAUCGUCUGGGUUUUGGCAAUUUUUUUGUAUUUUUGUAUUGAUUAUAAAAAUCUUUUUCAUUAAGUUCGAAGGUGGCGAAAAAAAAAAAAAAAACAGCAACAAAAAGAACUUGUCCCUCUGGCGUCAAUCUUGAUCCUUUAAAACUUCCUUCAUAGAGUCAACAUUACGAGCCAUUUGAAGCCGCGGCCAUGGACAGUGUCCUAUCUUCCUUGGCUGGGUUUUGAAAACUUUUGCGUUAGACUCUACACACUCUUCAGUUAUACUUCUGAAGAAAUUCAUUCAGCUAGAAUUGUAUUAAACCGUCAACUAUUAUGCUUCCUAGCUACUGGGCUUGUGUGGCUUCUUGAAGAACUAUAAUUUUUAAUUUGUCCUCUAGGUAAAUCCUCGUAUUUUAGCGCGUGUUCAUUUGUACUUAGAAAAUAGUUAGACUUUGGACAGUAAAUAAAACUUAUUUAUCCCGUUGUCAUAUCUACACAGUAUUCAUAAGUGAGGCUGAAUUAGGCCAUACAUACUUACGAGAAAUAGUCUGGCAAGAGAGAACACCUCGAGUCAAUUCACUGUACUGUUGCUUUAUAAAGACCCCCUAGAUUAUUGAAAGAAUCGCCUCUUUCGGGUGUUGUCACAAAGCUUAUGAUUUAAUUGGUCUAUAUACGCAAGUUGAUUAUUGGGAGGAGAAACAAUGAGGUCAUUUACUUUUAGGCAUUUCUAGUCAUUUUAACACAUAUGAACCAUCUGCAUAAUAUAUUCCCCAAGCGUUUAUAUCUUUUAAAAGAGACCGCGGGUCCUUACAGGUACUAGCACAGCUAACAAAGGGUGGGUGACAGGAUUAAAUGGGCCAUCCCAAACGGCUUUACUUAGAUAUAUCCAAGAUACUAUCUGAUGGCAGUGAAAUGAAGGGCAUUUAUUCAAAUUGCGGUACGUUUUUCCAUUGUUGUAGUAGUAUAGCUUAUUUCUUCUUUACAGCUUAAAGGCUUUAGAGGACUAAAUGGGGAAGCCAGGAUGGUGAUAGGCUUUGUUGACAAUGGGUUGAUAAAUCACGAUCUGACGGAUGAGUGUUAGGGAAACCAACUGCAGUAUCCAUUCAAUAGAGAUUUAUCCAGUGGGUGACGUUAUCCACCUUUUGAACAACUGGGACCAGGCUACAUUAAUUCCCAGUAUACCCAUUUCAUUGUUCAUUAGUCUUGCUUGCUUUAGAGGCGAGACUCAGAAAAUGCAAGCGUUUCGGCUUUCUGCCCCAAUAGCGAUCAUGGUCCCAGGCGUGGAGACCGCGGAAACUGGUCCCGUGAGGCCAUGCAGGGAAGAUUACUGUAAAUUAAAGACCCGAAACGGGUCGGUCCAACUGGGGAUUAGUAAUACUUCGGUGGCUGAAAAAAAAAAAAAAAGAAGAAGAAGAAGAAGAAGGUAUGCAAUGCAGUGAGAAUAUUAUACUAUUGUUAGUACCAAAGGCAGUCAAUGGUUACUAUGCAACCUGGCUAGCUAACAUUUUUUUUUGUCCUUCCUCACAUAUACUCCUUAUCAGGGCUUGCACGCCCGGACACAGGCUCCUUAGGAAUUAAUUGCCUCCUCAUUUCGGAUCUUAUCUCCAAGCAAGGUCGAGUCGCCGUUUUUAGAGUAUUGUUUCUUUUCUGAUUUCCAUUCAAGCGAGACUUUUAAAAGCGAUUUUGUUAACUUGUAAAAACAUUUAAGGAAACAAUACUGUGUGAAAUAUCUGCCAAAAUUUUUGUUUUAUGGUUGGAUCAAAACGGCAACUUCUAUCGAAUACUAUCCGCUAAUUCAGGGGCACAGUAUUCGAACCUUUAGUAAAGAAUUGAAGUAGCUAAAAAAAUCGAAACUUACAAAUUAAAUUAUUUGUGAUAACGUUUUUUUCGUCUUAAAGAAGUCGAUAUUUAAUUGUAUAUUGGGUUGUUAAAAUGAUCUUAAGCUUCGGUCAUUACAAUGUAUAUGACCUGUAUACCAAUGUAUGUAUGUAUGUACAAAUCCCUGAAUGAAGUAUACCUCAACGCCCCUGUCAGCCUGUAACCGCUCGUGCGGAUCCACUUCCCUUUUACCGCUUGUGACGUAACCACUUGUAAUGGUCAAGGCCAACUUUGUCCGCCGCUAACUUGUACAGAGUAAAGAUAUCUUUCAAACCAUGCCAGAAUGAGCUCAAUCCAGUCAAGGACAGGAGAAAAACGCAAAAAAAGAGCAUGUAACAUUGACCUGAAAAUUUCCAUGAAAAUCUUGUUCCACGACCCGUCUUCUUCUCCUUUCAUAUAAUUCUAAGAUUCUAAAUGUUUUCCUGAAAACUUUUCCCUCCCAAAAGAAGCCCACUAAAUUCCCAGAAAAAUAAAAACAAUGAGGCAAAAAAUGGGAAAAGAGAGGGGAGGAGAGAAAGCGAAAAGUAAAAGUCAAGACUGCUUGGUUACUUGGGAACCCAAUUUUGCUUUCUGCGCAUGCCCGAACUUCCCAAGCUAAUAUCUUACAUCUGGAUCAAAAGGCUGCGAAGUGUACGACCUGUAAAUGGCUUUAUGGUACGUUUUACUUCUUUACAGCACGACAUGGUGACCAGGGAACCUCUCGACUACCUUCAAAACGAGUUUCGGCAAAAUUUCCAGGGGUGAAUGGAUUAAAAGUCGCAGGUUUUGAAAACUUAAAAGAACGAUUGAAUAGUGUAGAGAAGUUUCUAGUCACUGUGCUGUAUUAUAUCCUAGCUAAUUUUAUUUUUGAAAUGGCCGUAUUUCCUUCAUUGAGCCCUUUUCAGGGGCUUUUCUGUGUUUCAGUGCUUUCGCAGUAGGGGCUUAUUCACUGGGAGUUAAUAACCAGCUGCGCCUGUUUAAUGUUAUAGCCUCCCAAAAUUAUUCUUAUUGAACCGGGGCAGAAACGUUUUUUGGAAUGGAUGGAAUCGAAAGCUUGUGUAUUUAAGGCUGUCUUCACACUAUAACUGAUAGCAGUUUCGUGCUGACGUGGACAGCUAUCCUGUAUAAGUGCGUUUGGUGAACUAAAUCCCAAUCCACACUAUUGAAUAUAUACUUCUGUCUCAGUGGAUUUCAGCCUUUUAUCCUAAUUAUUACUUCUGCCAUGGUCCGAAUACCGUUCACACUGCACUAAAGUGUGGCCCAGAAACAAACAGAUAUGUGACGCUUCACUUUCGACAUCAGCGCAGCGCAGCGCAGCCCCGUCAGUUGGAGAUAUCGCGCCGAAAUCACCAUCAUGUACAUAGCUAGUGUGAUCAGAGGCCGUAUGGGGCAUGAAAAACUGUCCGGUGAAGUGUAAACCUUUCCCUAAAAGUAGAAACCUCGUUUUAUGCAUGUUCAAAUUGGGAAAGACUGGACCGGUUUGAUCUCCUUUUUCUCUAAAACCGCUCAAAUGAUAUUCCGAAGAAGUUUUGGAUUCCUUUAAAAGGUCAUUACAUCAAUGCAGGUAACUGCCAACAGACAAAUGAUUGGUCUAUGGUCUAUGGUAACAUGAUCAUUCCUUUAAAAAUGUUUCGUUUACAUUUAAACAGUUUUAUCUCGGUUUCUGCGGUACAGGAUAUACGAUGGCAACAAAUCAGGUAAAAGGCAGCUCUGUUUAGAAGUUUAGUGAUAAAAUGAAAAACACUGUUGUUAUAUGAACAUUUUAAAGACGCUCUAAACUCUUCGAUUGCUACUAGAAUUUUUGUGCAGCGCCUUUAAGGGAUAAUUAAGGCACUUUGCCGAGUUGAAAAAGAAUAGUCAGUACUUCCAGAUCAAGCUUUAAUCUACGACGCUCUUUUUAGAAAAGAAAGAAAGAAAUUAAUCUACGAUAUACUUUAAGAAAGAUAGUUUUCGAAGCUUAAUUCGUACCACGAUUCCACGAUCGAGGAACGGACUGCGAAACACGCUGGGGUAUGAUUGUGAUGCUCAAGAUGGUGUAGAUUUGGAACCGAAUACUUCUUUUAUCGAUUUCUCGCGCUUAGAAGAUGCUCAGAACGCCCACGAGAUCACAGAACUCCCAACGACUCGAUAAAAGGAGUGCCUCUAUCGUCGACGUAAAACAAAAAAGUACGCGAGCUAAACGUUAAUAAUGUUCAGUUAAUAAGGAGAACGAGAAAUUAAUUUACAAGUUUUUCAAACCUCUUUGUUUAGAAUAGCUGAACCAAUAAUAUUUUAAAAGAAAACAAAAACAAAGUAAUGAAAGACGGAUUUUUUUGUGAUCAGAGCUAACUAUCUUAUUUAGCCGAGGGCUAUAAGACCGUCAAAUAGUAUAACCAGUAAAAGGCUAGUAAGCUCGUUUUUCGCCUAUUUGACAGAAGGGAAUCAUCUUGGCCUACUGAAUAGUGCGACUGUUUUUUUUGUAUCCACAUUACACCAGUAAUGGCGUGGUUUAAUGAAAAACUCGCUCUGUUUCGAUGGAGAACUUUAGGCCUUGUAAAAAUUUAUGCCAAUCAAUGUCAAUACGGAUAUUUGGUUUUCAGGAAUAUUCGAGGCCUUAUGAUCUAAUCCAUUCUAGCAGCUAAAUGUAAAGCCUAAAGAGAAAUAUUGGCUUGUAAUUUCAGGAUUUUUUAAUACUAAAGAAUUUGCGCAAAGUUUAAGGCACUGAAUAAUAUAUUACUUGGGAUGACCUUUUGGGAAUCAAAUGGUGGCUUGAACAGCAUGAAUAUCUACAAACUUUUACACACAAAGAAAUUGUUUAAAAUAUUCAUAUGGAUUGAUGAGUAUAGUAUUAGUUAUUUUUGGCAUUAAUACCGUAAGGUAUUUCGCCGAAUAACACGUAAAUCCGUAUAGAAAGCAAGCUGUAGCUGUGUUAAAAAGGACAGUGAGGUUAAAAACAAUUAAGCGUGACUUAACAUUAAGAUAAACAGAAGUGUCACUGCUCUCAUUAAUAUUUAAAAAAGUUCAAAGACUGAUAUUGCUAAAUCUGAAAGUUGGCAUGUGUCGCUCCGUGAACUGGGACUACUACAUUCUCGCCACUUUUUAUCAUCACGCACGGUUUCUUACUCAUGUGUGAAAAAGCCUGAAAAUGUUGAAAUUUAGCAGGUAAGUGAAAGAACACAUCAAUCUGAACUAAUUCUGUCGCGCAAAAGUUGAUAUCACUGAAUCAGUAAAUGAUCUAAUUUCAAUUCAUAGAAAGGUGUAGAAUAAUCUCGAGUCAGUGUCGAGUAUCAUUUAUAAAUACCUUUUAUUUUUCAUCUUAUCGCGAAUGCUUUAAAGACGAAAGGAACCUGACGCUGUCAUGGACAGAGGAACCUACACUGAAUUGUCUCAAAAUGAUGUACCAGUUGAGCUUGAGGCGAAGAAUGCGCCAUUGACGGAACCUUCGGUAGAUCAGGAGGCGUACCCGAGAGAUGAAGGCUUGCUUAUCGACUACGUCUUGGUGUACGAAACAUGUAAAGAAGAGGAAGAAAAAGAUCAAGAAACCAAGAAAGAGGCGGAGACAUUGGCAAAUUUAAGAAGAUCUUAUGAGAAGCGACUUCAAAAGAAAGGUCUUAUUCUACAGCGCAAAACUGUUACUGCAGAUAAGGUAUUCUUAAUAAUUAAAUCAAUGUUUGGCUUUUAAUUAUUUAAUAUCAUGUGUUAUUAUCAGUGAGCGUUGGCGAGUAGAGCCUCUUCUGGAUCGAGACGAUGGUUGUCUGUCAGGAGGUGAUAUAUUUUCUGAAGCUGGGGACUAAAAAACAUGGCGUUUGAAAAGAAAAAGUUUCUUACAGGGAUAUUUUGACUGCGUAGUAAAACAAGCUCACUCAUUCCUAAAGGGUCAGAGCCUGAAUAAUCAUAGAUAAACGCCAUUUGGCCAAUAAAUGAUGAGUCCAGUCUUAAAAGCCUAAGUAUGUGUUUUUUUUUCUUUCAAUUUUAAACCAUGUAUUCAGCACGAAAUAAGACAAUGCUCACAUUUUGUCCGUUUUGAUCGAUAAGUGUACGUUGUUACUCUACUCAUUAAAAACUUGCUCCUGACCAGUUAGAGUUUAGUAGUCAAAAAUGGGAAUGUUGUUUCAAAAUUGCUCCUCAAGUAGUUAUAUGGUCUGUUGGAAAUUUCAAGAAAUAAAAAUUUAUCACUAAGGACAUGAACGUUCAUAAAUAACGUAUUCAGUUUCUAUUUUUGAGUUGUCCUUUCUCUAGUGCAAUAUAUUACGGCAUAUCAGACAAGAGCUGCUUGGAGCUCUACUCAGUUAAAAACUGAAAGUUUUCUAUUUUACUAGAACUUCAUAAAAAAGGUUAUUAGGGCAUGAAUUACACAAAAAAUAGCAAGAGCCACUUUAACUUCUAACCCUUUUUGAAGAAAUAUCUAAACCAUCAUUACGCCGAUGUCUCAGUUUCCACGAUGUAAGAAUGUGUAGGAAGACAUUUGUCCUUGUAUAGAAAAAUGCCGACAUAAGGGCUGCAGGAUAAUACAAGUAAUAAUUUUAGAAAGUAUAUUAAAUAAGGGCCAUUCAUGCAUCAUAACAUACCAAUAUAAGAGCACUGAUGAAAGAAAAACAAGCGCUAGAGUUUUCCUGAUUCCGGCAUGCAAAUACUUUCACGGCCUCAUGAUAAUAUGGUCUAAUAUGAUCACUUGACCUUACGCCUUCUUGAAAUUUCGUUGUAAAUUCUAAGGAACGAAAAAAUUCUAUACUUUUGUUUAACCUCUAUCUAAAGCCGGUGUAAGACUGAUUAAAAAUACUUUAAAAACAUCCUCCUUAAUGGCCCUCAAAAAAGAAAUUACUUACUGCAAAAGUUUUCUCAGUAGUGGCAUUCUAAACAAUUUAAAAGUCUUUGUAAAAUAAUAAUAAUAAUAAUAACGAUAAUAAUAAUUACUAUAAUGAAAGAUCAUUAAAAAUGAAAAACGUUAAUUAUAGUAAUUAUUAUUAUUAUUAUUAUUAUUUUACAAAAGAAAAUCAAAAAAAUCAAUGUGAAUAAAUUAGUAUAAAAGAGAAAUUCUAUUAUUAAUGCCAAGAUUACCACGAAAAUUUUCAACAUCAAAAUAACUUUCUACUUGAAAACUGUCAACUAUGAUUCCAUGAAAACAUCGAAUCAAAGACGGUAUCACUAGGUUUUCACUCCGAAACAUUUUUAAGAAACAACAACAAGGCCAGUUGAACAUAUGAAAAAGUUUAUUCAAAUUAAUGAAUUAAUUAGACGCUCUCAGAAUGUUUACUCGGGCUAAGAUAUUUAAGCGUUUAGGGAUCUGCAAGAAAAAAUAAAAGAAUUAAAUCAAAAUGAUUACGGAAUACGCAGGUUUCAUGGUAGUCUUACAAUCACGAUAAGAAAAAUUAAAUAGUGUAAUUCCCCUAUUUUGUAAUUUAGCGAAGAUGGUGGUAUAUAAAAAUAAUUUGCGAAAAUUAUUCUUAGUUGGACAGCGUAUUGCCACUGGUUCAUUCGACUAUUUUUGGGCUACGGAUUACUCCUGUAACACCUUUAGAAUCAAGGUCCUGUUUAAAUAGUCUGUUUUUCGUUGCUAACUAAUAAAUGUUCGGCCAAAAAGCCCAUUUUUUCUCGUUUCAAACUUGCAUUUGACAAUUAACUGAAUUCUAACUUUGAUUGGUUUUCGUCGGUAGGACCCUGUUGUUGAACGCCACUUUGUGUUAAUUCACGCGACAUGGGAAGUCUUAUCUAGGCGGGCAGAAGAAAUGAGAUUGAAAAUGCCUCUUCAGAAAAAUGAUGUCCAAAUUACUUCCUUUCUGGAGUCCCUGUGUGGAUCAGAGCAGAUAGAAACGCUCAAGCGCUUGAAUCCACUAGGUAUACAUGAUACAACAGUCAGAGAAAAGGGCGAUUAUUUUGUGGGCCGUUUCCAACAAGAAAAGUUAGAGGAGUUCUUAAACCACGAGGAUAAGGAGAUUUUUUUCAGUACCAUAGAUCGAAUGUACAUGGUCCAGCAGAUCCUGAAAAAUACCCGCUUCUCCAAGGAACCUCAGUGCGUUGGUCUCAAUAGGCUGGUGUUAGAUGGUGCAUACACCUCGCAUUAUCCUUUACACGAAGGAACGGCGAAACUUGAGGAAGGAGAAUUCCCUGUGAAUGACCGCCAACGCUUGAAAAGUGACUGGGCAAGAUUUGGUAGAUGUUUCAAGUACCAACCAUACGAGGCCAUCAAGAAUUACUUCGGUCAUGAAAUUGGUCUUUACUUUGCCUGGCUUGGUUUCUACACGGCUAUGCUGGUCCCACUCGCAAUUGUCGCUUUGAUUGUCGUCUUGUACGGCAUCAUAUCUUCAAGCUCAUAUACUCCUCUUCGUGAUCUGUGUGAUAAAAAGAAUGAAGGAGUCUGGUACAUGUGCCCUCUUUGUGAUAGACAGUGUAGUUACUGGAGCCUGGCUACUACUACUUGUCUCUAUGCCUACAUUACCCAUAUCUUUGACAACGAUGGCACAGUUAUUCUCGCCUUUGUUGCGUCUAUUUGGGCCACCCUCUUUCUUGAGUUCUGGAAGCGUCGACAAGCAACUUUAGCGCAAGAAUGGGACACGGAAGGUUUCGAAACUGAGUUUGAGCCACUUCGCCCUGAGUAUGUUAGGUCCCUCACUAAAGAAGAACUCGACCCAUUCAAACCCGAUCCAGACACUGGAAUGAUUGUGUUUAGAGAUGAUAAAAGGAAGCGCACUCGUCGUUUCGCAGUAGUCGCUAGCUUGAUUGCAUUCAUGAUUUGUCUUGUGCUUGCUGCAGUCAUCGGCGUAGUGGUGUUUCGUGCUGCUGUUUUCGCUACCCUUAGUAGGAGUUCAGAGCGAACUGUUCAGAAGAGGGCUCGAAUACUGACAACGGGCAUGGCGGCUUCCAUUAAUCUAGUGGCCAUCACCGUGCUGAAGUACGCCUACAACAAACUUGCUGUCUGGCUGACCAACUGGGAAAAUCCUGCAACUCGUACCAUCUAUGAGGACAAUUUUACGAUGAAAAUGGCUCUUUUCCAGUUCGUAAACACCUUCUCCUCUAUUAUUUACAUCGCAUUCUUCAAGUCUGAGAUAAUAGUUGGCACGCCGGGAAGAUACCGGAGAAUUUUGGGGAAGUACCGAAUGGGUGGCUGUAGCGAACAGGGCUGCUUCUUAGAACUCGGAAUUCAGAUCGCGAUUAUUAUGGUGGGGCAACAGAUAAUCGGAAACAUUAUAGAAAUUGGCAUUCCGUAAGUUUUUCCCUUAAAGUGCGUAUAUAGCUGAUUCAAUGAAAGUUGUUUUGGGCAUUGGGAAUUGCGCACUGGGGAAGCUGUUGUUUGGCGGUCAGUCAUUCAAGCAAAUCAUGGCAUUUGGUUCGAUUUCGUAUGCCCAAAUGACCAAUAGUCAAAGCAACCUAUAUUGAAUUAGGUAUAUACGGGUCAACUAAAGUUAGAUGCUGCCCACAUAUCAUGAGAGCUUUGUUAAAUAAAUCAUUUUAUUUAUCAUCGUGUUCAUUGGAACCAUCUCAGUAGACACGUGAUGCAAAUUUUCUUAUCUUCUAAUUCUAACCUCAUACAUGAACUGUGGAAAUAGUUUUGUGAUUUUUCUCAUUAGUUGGAUAUCGAUCUUAACAUUGGACUGGUUUUCGCGUUUUAAUCUGAUUGCAAACCUUGUAGUCAGUUUAUAUUUACCUGUCUACCACAUAGAGCUCGGACCCACUGAAGUGCACCUAUUGUUGAUGUUGGUCCCAUGCAAAAAAAAAAAACUUAUCAUAAUCAUGUCUGCUCAUCAUAAACAUAAGCAUUAUCAAUAUAUUUUCAUUAUUAUUCAUUCAAAAUAUGUCGCCAUUUCUGAUUGGCUCCAGUCUCCCGGCUAAUUCUUCACAAACAGUUGAUAAGAUAGAGUCUACAGCAAUAUUUAACGCGAAAAGGUCAACCUUAUUUGGCAGAUCCGGGCGAGCAAUAUACCAUAGAUUCGAUGGUAUACUGAUGGGUAUAGUUUCCAUCACCUUCUAACACAGAUAUAUCAUCUAUUAUUUUAACAUUAAUAUACAGAUCGUUCAUGCUCUGGCUCAAACGAAGGAAAGUAAAAGAGUUCACUGAUCAGCCGCAAUAUAUCAAGGACCACGAACUAAGCAGCUUAGAGGAUCAUUACUUAUUCUGGGACUACCUUGAAAUAGGUAAAAUAAAAUGUUGCAUCUUUAGACGCAAUAAGAAGACAAACCUCAGUUACCCUCAUUACCCAGCUUCUUUGUUGAACUACUCGUUUGCUUACUACUUUUUUAGGUACUACUCGUCAAACCAGCCGCUUCCGCAUGAUUACAUUUACUUUUACAUUCCUUAGCUACAACACUUACCAAAACAACCUGGCAGUAAAAAAAUUCCCGAGCUACACCAUUCAGGAGUGUGCCGUCACCUUGGUUUACAGAUAACGUUUAAGGCAAACUUAAUUUCCGACUGAAUAUAUAUAUUUUUUUUCAGUUCUUCAGUACGCCUUUGUCACCAUGUUUGUUUCUGCAUUCCCACUCGCCCCAUUCUUUGCUCUCAUUAACGCAGUCUUGGAAAUUCGCGUGGAUGCCAUCAACUUUGUGUCGUAUCAUAGAAGGCCCCAGGUAGUGCGUGUUGAAGAUAUCGGAGCAUGGUACAGUGUACUGGAAGCAGUGACCAAGGCUGCAGUACUCAUGAAUGCGUUCGUGUUAGCAUUUACUUCUGAUUUCAUACCCAAGCUAAUAUACAGGUUGCAAUAUGCUCCAGACCGCAAUUCACCUGGCGGGGGAACUCUGAAAGGAUACAUCAACAACAGUCUGGCUUCCAUUGAUCUUAAGACGCUAUACAAGUGGGAGCCUGGGACCCAGCCUGUAAACCCUACUGCAAACGUUAAUUACACCAGAGACUACUGCAGGUAAACUGCUUGUGUUAAAAGUCUCUUGUCUAAUACUUAUAAAUAUAGGAAAUUUUUCAUUUUUACGUCUACCACAUUUUUCAAUUUGAAAAUGGUACGGCCAUUUGGUGUCGACUCCGUGGUACUCCUGGGCAUAUUGCGUCUCUUGUUCAACAUUAGCCUAUCUUGUUCAAUAUAAGCUCAGAAGACUUGGGGAUUUUCUAUAUAUAUAUAUUCUUAUUCUUUUGUUGAUAAUUCCCUCCCAAAAAAAUAGACUGGUACGCAGUCCCUUACGAUAUGAAUGCCGGAAAAGGAUGGAAGGAUGGAGUGUUCUCGAUGUUGCAACACCCUUGCUAGCCCCCUGGCCCUUCCUUACUUUUUGCACCCAUUUUCAAUGGCUGGCAAACGAAAACCCACCAGUCACUUUUUCAGAAAUUGAUGUGUUUACCACAACUAUUAACACAACCCGAAACUGUAUGAAAAUAUCUCUUUUCACUAAAAAAUUCAUGACGUCGCUCCUCUAACAUUUCCCUACCGAUUUAUUUCAAUUCCAGUUACGUCAGUUACCAUGACAGUACCUAUCCAUACAACUACUCCAAGGAAUACUGGAAUCUAGUUGCCGCCAGACUGGCCUUCGUGAUCGUAUUUGUAUUUAUUGUGUACUCGAUCACCAAUAUGAUAGCAUGGAUUAUCCCGGAUGUCCCAGAGUAUCUGAAGUUCAAAAGCGAAAGAGAAAAACAAGUGGUUCGAGAGAAACUU